CUUUUCAAAAUUUGAAACACCCAAAUAAAAUCUUACUCCUUGCCUCUUCUUCAUACUCCCGCUCCUUCUUUUCUCUCUCUCUCUCUCUCUCCAAUUUUAAGAGAGAGAGAAAGUGAGUUGGCUAUCGGCACCCACUCCCAAUCUAGAUCUUCCAAUUGCUAUGGAUUCUCUACCCGAUGCCAUUCUCCAAUGCAUCUUGUCCCGAAUCACACAUGCUCGUGACGUGGCAUCUUGCAACUGUGUUUCCAAGCGAUGGAAGGACUCCACCCCCUACAUCAAAACCCUCUACUUUCCUCGCAGCUCCUUUGACAACCCUUCUCCUUCUGGUGAGGAUGGUGACAGCAUCAUCAAAAGAAUGGUGUCAAGAGUGGUGAAAUUAGAAGAGCUAAUUGUGUAUAGCCCAUUUUCCCCUGAUGGCCUUGCAUCAUGGCUCUCACUAGUGGGGCAGUCUCUUCUACAGCUUGAGCUCCGAAUGGACAACCUCGCUGACAAUGAGGAUCUCCAUGAGAGCCCUUCCAAGUUGGAUUAUGUUGGUGCUGCCAAGAAUUUGGUGUCUCUGAAACUGUGGGGUGUGUUGAUAAUGCGUUCCCCCAAAUGGGAUGUGUUUCCUAACCUCCAGAACCUUGAAAUUGUUGGUGCAAGGUUGGAUGACGCUGUGUUGAGUGCUGUGUUGCACUCUUGCCCAGCUCUCACCAGGUUGUUGCUGCUUGGAUGUGAAGGGGUUAGAUCGGUAUCUAUUGAGUUGCCAUGUUUGGAGCAGUGUAAGCUGGAUUUUUAUGGCAUCGGGAACUGUUCUCUCACUUUGAAUUCCCCCAAAAUUGAAUCACUUGAGGUGCAAGGGUGUAGCUGGAUAAGGGUUCCUGAAACCAAGCAUUUGAGGAAACUUUCCAUAUCCAACAGUGCAGGGAGAGUAUAUAUGGUUGAUUUUGGAAAUCUUUCAGCUCUGGAGUUCCUGUGUAUGAGGGGAAUCCAGUGGUGCUGGGAUGCCAUAUGCAAAAUGCUGAAAAUGGCAAGUGAGGUGAAUCAUCUCUUUAUGAAGGUUGAAUUCACUGGGGACUAUGAUGCUCUUCAACCCUUUCCAGAGAUUGAUUUUGUGGACUUUUUCAACACUCAUCAAAAGCUGCGGAAGUUUGAUAUGCAUGGAGCCAUGUUUGCGGCUUUAUGCCAGAAGAACAGUCUCAAACAUGUUGAUUCAGAAUUUGUGAUUCCGUAUUUGGAGGAGGUUGUGAUCACAGUGAGGUCACCUCUUAAUGCUGAACAGAAAAUGAGUACGCUUGAAUCCUUGCUGAAGUAUGGGAAAAGUCUUAGGAGCAUGGUUAUAAAGAUUCUUGAGAUGAAGAGCAGCCAUAGUAGUGCUGAUGAUUUUUUUGACGAGAUUUGCAGGUUCACAUACAUGAACCAUAACAUAGUUCGAAUACAAUAAAGAGCCUAUUAUUACUUCUUCAUUUCUGACACUUUUCUUGGGAUUUUGUUAACUUUUCUCUACUAUACCAUUUUGUUGUUGUAGUAUUCAUUUUGAACUUGAAAAUUGACUUGUUUCAUUGACUUUGAUUUUGCUAGAACUCUAAUAAGAAAAAUUAUGUGGAUU